AUUUGACCUCAGAUGCCGGGGGAGAAUCCAUUUGCCGAUGUUAGCUAAAAGAAAGUUGUGCAACUGUCGAGAAUUGUGUAACGGGAGAACAAAAAGGGCAUCGCUGGGAGCCGGACUGGUUCGUUAACGUUUUAUUGGGGUUCUGUCCUCACAUUGUAACCCACUAAAGACAGAUUCUGGCAAAUAUUUACGGGAGAAAAAAUGUUUUCUCUCUCGAUGUCAUUUCAACCUCAGCAGAUGGUAGUGCCUCUCAGUCAGGUCGUCAACGCCCUCCACUCGCUGAAGAGCUCAGCUUCAGCUUCGGUCCAUUCUUUACACAAAGAGUUCAGACAGGAACACAGUUCAUACCUGAAAGAGCCGAGUGUCAGUCUGAGGGAUCUGGGCCUUUCAGAGGUCCAGGGGAGUCAGCUCAAUGAACUGGUCUGCAGGUUACUGCCCAUACCGAGUCCUGAAGAACCUCCCACUGUUACUUCUAUAUGGAAGGCUAGUCACGUUUCCGCACACAGCUUCUUUCAAAACAAACAUGGCUUUUCUCAAAGAAGAUUAUUAGGUUCUGGUUCUCAGUUAUUCCCCCGUCGGUACCAUAGCCCUCUUCGAGACGUUUGCUCUGAACUGCAGUUCUUGCCUGUGUGGCUUCAGACCCGGGGCUUCAAAACUCUUAGAAAAAAGUCCAGAGGAGUGGAAUCAGGUUAUGAUGGUCCAGUGGAAUCUGAGGCCUACACACCAACUUUCAUGAAGGGUUUGCUCCUCAGGGAUAAAGGAGCAGAAGUCCAGUCCCUGGACCAAGUGGUAAAACUAAGGAACCUUCCUGAAAACCAGCAGGAAACUUUCAAGACAGGUUUCACUGAGGGGUUCAUGAGGUCUCAAGCUUUAACUCAGAGAACACAAGACUCAUUGAGGAGAACCAGACUGGUCCUGCUGGUCCUCCUACUUAUUGGUAUUUAUGGCCUCUCAAGAACCCCUUUUCUCUCUGGUAAAGGCCCCUUUUCUGACGCCGUGAGGUUUCGCACCACGUCUGGCCUCGACUCUGCGGUCGAUCCCAUCCAGAUGAAGAAUGUGACAUUCGAGCACGUCAAAGGAGUGGAGGAGGCGAAGAACGAGUUGCAGGACGUUGUUGAGUUUCUCAAAAACCCACAGAAGUUCACGGUCUUGGGUGGAAAGCUGCCUAAAGGGAUCCUUCUCGUCGGCCCCCCUGGCACAGGGAAGACCCUUUUGGCGCGAGCUGUAGCCGGGGAAGCCGAUGUUCCUUUCUACUACGCCUCCGGAUCGGAGUUUGACGAGAUGUUCGUGGGCGUCGGCGCGAGUCGCAUCAGGAACCUCUUCAAAGAGGCAAAAGCAAACGCUCCCUGCGUCAUCUUCAUCGACGAGUUGGACAGUGUGGGAGGAAAGAGGAUCGAGUCUCCGAUGCAUCCCUACUCCAGACAAACCAUCAACCAGCUGCUGGCUGAAAUGGACGGGUUCAAACCCAAUGAAGGCGUCAUCGUCGUCGGUGCUACAAACUUUGCUGAAGCUCUGGAUAGUGCACUGGUGAGGCCUGGCAGAUUCGACAUGCAGGUGACCGUCCCCCACCCCGAUGUCAAAGGACGCAAAGAGAUCCUCAACUGGUACCUCUCCAAGAUCAAAGUGGACCCUGCCGUCGACGCCGAGAUCAUCGCCCGAGGCACAGUGGGUUUCUCUGGGGCAGAACUCGAGAACCUGGUCAACCAGGCCGCCCUGAAGGCAGCCGUGGAUGAGAAGGAGAUGGUCACAAUGAAAGACCUGGAGUUCGCCAAGGAUAAGAUCCUCAUGGGUCCCGAGAGGCGUAGCGUUGAAAUAGACAAAAAGAACAAGACCAUUACAGCGUACCACGAGUCCGGACACGCCAUUGUUGCCUAUUACACCAAAGAUGCGAUGCCCAUCAACAAGGCCACCAUCAUGCCCAGAGGACCAACUCUCGGCCAUGUGUCCAUGCUCCCCGAGAACGACCGCUGGAGCGAGACACGAGCCCAGCUGCUGGCUCAGAUGGACGUCAGCAUGGGCGGUCGCGUCGCAGAGGAGCUCAUCUUUGGAGACAACAAUAUCACCACAGGAGCCUCCAGCGACUUUGAUGGUGCAACCAAAAUAGCUAAACUGAUGGUGACCAGGUUCGGCAUGAGUGACAAGCUCGGAGUCAUGACCUACACGGACAUUACCAAGCAGAGCCCCGAGACGCAAGCUGCCGUCGAGCAGGAAGUCAGGGCUCUGCUGAAGGAAUCCUACGAACGAGCUAAGAACAUCCUGAAGACCUACAGCAAGGAGCACAAGAAGCUAGCGGACGCUCUGCUCAGACAUGAAACCCUGGAUGCCAAAGAGAUCCAAAUGGUGCUGGAAGGAAAACCUCUGGACCACUAAGACAUUCAAAGGCCCCCUGUACUCUGUAAAUAAGAUGCUGUGCAAACAGGCAGAAGCAUUUUGGAGGCAUCUGAUUGGUUUUAUUCCUCCUUUUGACCAUGUGAAAAGCUGGAUGUAAUGUUUCAGCCCUCAGACAUUUUUAUCUCUUUGUUUUUCCUGCAAAGGACUUUCCUUUACAAGGAAAUGAUCAACUAAUUUAUAGACACGUCUUGUUUUUCGUAUAUAAUUUCAUUCAGCAGAGUGAUGCUUGUGGUGUCUUUGAUCUCGACAGAGCUCAUGGUUAGUUAUAGAUCCUUUACCAGUCCGAUGAACACCUUAAGACCUUGACGUACCUCAAUCUAGAACGUACUGCUCAUCUGCAGUAAAGUACAGCUCAUUCUGAUGCGAACUGGUAAACUCACAGAAGAAGAGGUUCAUAUUUUAUGUUUUCACCUGCAUAUUUUGUCAUUUUUAAGUUAUUUCAGUGCCCAAAGGAGUGUUGCAUUUUUUUUCUUUUAGGGAAAAUGACAGCUCCUCUUAUUCACCUCGGGGGAAAAACUGUAACCGUUAGGAGACGAGCCAGUUGUUUAUGUAAAUAUUCUGUAAAGAGUCUAAAACGACUGAUUAGGUGCUUCUGUUACUUUAGACGACUGCCUUCUUGAAGCUCCAAUAAAGAUUACUCUCAGGAAACAAAUGUUGGGAAGGGUUUCAGUGCUUUAGGAGUCAAAAUAAGACAGAAUCAUGUUGUAACAGUUGUAUAAAAAAACUUGGGAUCUUUGCUUCGUACAGUAGUCUGGAAAAAAAAUGUGGAAUUUGAGAGAAGUAUUUUUCAGACCUGGAUUGGUGAGAACAAAUAAUUGUACACUGCUCAAAAAAAAUAAAGGGAACACUUAAACAACA